GCCCCACUUCCACGAUGUUAAAGCUCAAUUUCAUUGCCCUAUGAAGUGGAUUUAAGUUUCUUUCCUUUUUUUUUCCUGGCAUCUUCAUCACUGCUUUUGCUUCAUGGGUUGCUUUUAAUGCAAAAUUUCUCAAUUGGGAAUGGUAAGUAUGGGAGAGAAUGAGCGUGCUCUGCUUGUCUGAGGGAGUAAACUACAAAGAGCUAGGAAGAGAAAAGAGUAACUCUGAGAUUUUAUAAUGCCAGUUCCGCUUGCCCCAUACCCGACACCGGCUCCAGCACCAUAUACACCACCUGCUAAUGGUGCGCAGAGCCAGCUUGUGUGUUCUGGAUGUCGAAACCUUUUACUGUAUCCCGUUGGAGCAACUUCUGUAUGCUGUGCUGUCUGCAAUGCAGUCACAGCAGUGCCACCUCCCGGCACUGAAAUGGCCCAGUUGGUCUGUGGAGGCUGCCACACCUUGCUCAUGUACAUUCGUGGUGCAACAAGUGUACAAUGUUCUUGUUGUCACACUGUGAAUCUAGCCUUGGAAGCAAACCAGGUGGCACACGUCAAUUGUGGUAAUUGCAGGAUGCUAUUGAUGUACCAAUAUGGAGCACGAUCUGUGAAAUGUGCAGUCUGCAAUUUUGUGACAUCAGUUGGGGCCUCAGCAAGCACUACUGAACAGAAGUUCAACAGUUAAAAAUUUUCAUACAACUAAGUUGGUCAUUACCAGCUCUACAACCUUGGUUUUGCGUAAAACAAUAUUCCCCAUCAGUGUAUCUUUCAGCAAGCAGAAGACCCUUCCCCUAGUCACAUGUAUAGAGUUAUUUUUUUUCCUUGCGUGAUGUCUUUUAUGAAUAAGUAUUGACAGGUUGGAAUGGAUGUAUGUAAACUAUUCUAUUAGAAGACUCUUUUUUUUUUGAUAAACUAUUCUAUUAGAAGACUUUUGAGUGCUUUUGGAAAUCUUCAGAUAAGAUGAACUUCAUUUUCUUUUA